AUGGUGCCAACCCGGGCACCCACAGAAACUCCAACAGCAGCACCAACAAAAUUACCCACCGGAGCACCCACUCAAGCACCGACCAAGGCUCCCACUCAAGCUCCUACCAAGGCACCCACUCAAGCCCCGACCAAGGGGCCCACUCAAGCACCGACAAAGGCUCCCACUCAAGCACCUACUGCAAGUCCAACUACACUCAUACCAACAGUUUUACCAGGCAAUCCAACAAGAGCACCCACAAAAGAACCAACCAACUUCCCAACAGGAACACCAUCCAAGUCUCCAACGAUGGUGCCAACCCGGGCACCCACAGAAACUCCAACAACAGCACCAACAAAAUUACCCACCAGAGCACCCACUCAAGCACCGACCAAGGCUCCCACUCAAGCUCCUACCAAGGCACCCACUCAAGCACCGACCAAGGCACCUACUAAAGCCCGACAAGGCUCCCAUAAAUCGCCACCUACCCAGGCACCAACCAGAGCUCCAACCAAUGCCCCCACUCAAGCACCAACCAAAGCAUCUACAAAGGCACCAACCAAGGCUCCCACUAAGGCACCUACCAAGGCACCUACAAAAGCACCUACCAAGGCACCAACAAAUGUUCCAACACCGGUUCCAACCAGCACACCAACUGCAGGAGGUUUCGUUUUUGAUCGUCCAACACUUAUAACGGCAAUUGGCGAUGGUGACUACUCUCCUACAAGUCCAUAUGGAGCAAUUGGCACUUGGGACGUCUCCAAAGUCUCAGAUUUUGCCUCGUUGUUUAUGGGCAUGACAACUUUUAAUGAGAACAUUGACACGUGGACCACAAGCCAGGUGACUAACUUCCACAGGACCUUCUUUGGAGCAUCUGGUUUCAACCAGCCUUUGUCCUCUUGGGACACAUCCGCAGCCACCAGUAUGGAAGCAAUGUUCUAUGGAAGUAGUGUAUUCAGUCAGGAUAUUUCAACAUGGGACGUAUCAAAUGUCAUGUCUAUGAACUCCCUGUUUGCGGCCUCUUCCUUCAACCGCAAGCUUAACUCCUGGGAUGUGAGCAGGGUCACUCGUUUUGAUUCUGCAUUUGAACAAGCCACUAACUUCAACCGGCCGCUUGGUUCCUGGAAUGUUGGGAAUGCAAUUCAAUUUGGCAACAUGUUUUAUCUAGCCACAAACUUCAAUCAAGACCUCAGUAGCUGGGAUGUCAUCCAGGGGUCAAAUUUUGCUUCAAUGUUUGAUCAAAGUAACUUCAAUCAAGAUGUAUCCGGUUGGAACGUUGCAAAGGGAACCACUUUCGCUUACAUGUUCCGUGGGUCUAGUUUCAACCAAGACCUGUGUGCCUGGGGGAAUGGAGCCAACCAAAUUGCACUCAACACAGCCCCCACUGUGGACAUGUUUGGUUCUACACCUUGCCCUACAACUGCAACAAGUCCAGACUUGAAUGAUUCCCCAAGAGGGCCAUUUUGCUACCAAUGUUAA